AAGAUGUAAAAAAAUAACUGCACCCAAAAAAAUGAGCGACUAAGAAUAAAAAUCACUGCAUUGUUUGAUUUUAAUGUCAUUUUGGCAUGAGAAGAAAACAUAAAUUUUUCACUUGGCUAUUCUACGUCAUUUACUGUUAAGCAAUUUUCGUGGUGUGAGCUUGGCUUUCAUUUCAGUUUCCACUGUUUUACAAAAUUUGUGUCUGGCCACUUUGACUUUUUGUCAGAUUUUUGUCAAAUUUAUAGGCCACCAUGACUGGAAAGAAUACUGAAGCUGGUGGAAGCCAGGCUGGGUCGAGCAGCUCCAAUAUGAAUCAAAACAUUCCCGAGUUCCUGCGGGGACUGCCAUGCCGAGACUCGAAGAACUUUUCCAAGUUUUCUGCUGACAGCGGUCCGAAGUCGUCCGGCAAGAAGGCUCCAAUCUACUUACCCACCACGGAUCACCCAUCGGAACAAGUGAUUGUUACGGAAAAGACCAACAUUCUGCUCCGCUACCUGCACUGGCGCUGGGAAAAGAAGCUGCAAGAUCAGAGCAAGAAGCGCGGUGCCGGCACCACUGAUGGCGAGGAGGGCGCAUCGGCGAGGAAACGGCCACGCACAGAGCGCAGCGACCCCUCACCCUAGUCCCGCACGGCGAGCCAGGCCGUGCUCUGUGUUGUGCGUUCCGCUCCGAGCCGUGGCGACAUUGAGGACUUGACUCCGUCGCCGGAGCGUUUGUUGUGUCGAUGCGGACUGAGUUGCCCCUGUGGUCGGGGCAUCUGUGUUGUGUCGAUUCUGAGUUCGUGGCGGCUGCUGAGGUGAUCUGAUGUGUACGCAACGCUAACAGCGUCGGGUCGGAUCCGGGUCACUAACCGCGCUAAACGGCUGUUCGGUGACCACCGGCGACGUCGUUCAAAGUUCCGUGCGUGCCUCAGUUUUCUGUCAUCGCCCGCUUGCCUGAUUUUUUUCUCGCUGUGUGUCCUGCGUCGGUCUGCUCCGUUCGGUAAUAACUGGCGAUUCCACUCCGCGUUCAGGGCCGUCGCAUGUGUCCAACCAUGUCCGCUGUGCCCGCCGGAAACUUCGCGUUGUGCCCGCGACGCUUGCCCGAUCCAACGCACAAUGUGUUCUGCCGCCGUCGAUAUGAAACACUUCGAUUCGUGCUCGGUGUCCGACGCCGCAGUGUAACCGCUUUGAUAUUGCUGUCGCCGUACACUUGCUGGACAGAAAGUAAUGUAUCCGAACACACUCCGAUGGUGGUCGCGAUAUGUCUGGCGGCGCCAGCCCAAGUGCUGUGAUGGGCGGUGAGGGUCCUCCUACUGAGAACCGCGGUAUCUGGAGAGAACGAGUGCUUGCGGCUGAUGGGAUGUGCUUACUCGUGUUGGUGCAGGCGUCGAUGAAAUCCUGUGGGACUAUGACAGGUCACGCUCCUGUCCACGCCGUGAAAGGUGUCUGAUGUUCGACUGGUGUUUGCAUAGAUAGGUGUGUUUUGUUGAGGCUGAAAGGGGAACACCAGAAUGGACUCGCGAAUAAUGUAGGCAUUGGUGUGAACUCCGUCGUAUGUCCUUACUUCGAUGCGUUUUCUUAAGACAUCCGACACAAAUACAAAUGACGUCUGGAGAA